UAACUGAUUUUCCGAGUUAAAUAUAGGUAAAACAAUGUUUUUGAAAUACCUCCACUAUCAACAGCGACUUCCAACACGUUAACGUUUGAGUCAUUUAGCAGACGCUUUUAUCCAGAGCGACGUACAAUAGUGAGACACAACAGCUUUUUGUAUUCUGACACAUACGGCUAAAACGCAUGGACAGGAUUUCAAGCUAUUACGUAUAUCUGGGAAACAUAAAGGGCAUGAACAAUUUGCUAGCACCGGCUGACGAGGCAUCUACUAUCGGUUGGCCAUCUGAAGACUGUCCCCAUUUCUCAAUUUCUUAGUCCUGAAGUAUCCUACACCAUUUUUCUCUUCUGUGAGCGGACAAGCGCAAAUGUAUCGAAAUAUAAUUGCGUUGGUCGUCAUGUCACUUCCACUGAUUCUGAGCCCCCAAGUUUUGGGGCUCGCGACAGACGGUUUGAGCAAUCAUCAAAAUAUUGCAGGGAAGCUCAGCUUCAUUCAGAGGGAAGGAAAUGUGACUUAUCUACGGGACAAGGAGCUGGCCACGGAAGUUCCAACCGAGACAAAGUUUGAACUGUUCGAUCCAAGGAACACUUUACGCACUGCCAGAUUCACCUAUACCUGGGACUUCGGCAACGGAGAGGUGCUGAAGGGAUCGGAGCCGUCUGUGCACUAUAAUUACUCAUCCCCUGGAAACUACACUCUGCGGCUGAGAGUUGGGGCCCAAGUGAACAAAACCUCUACUCCACUAACUGGGGUAUACACCAUGGACGUUACAGUUUUGGACGCCAUCAGAAAUAUUGAGUUGAGCCCUUUGAGUUUCCAGGUUUCCAGAAACAACAGUCUGGUUGUUCAUGUGGAUGGAAGUCCUCCCAUGUGGGUCUGUUGGAGGUUUCUACAGAACUGUGUAUCAGCAACCCCUACAGGCUGUCACCUGACCAUGCUGUAUGAGAACACCAUGACACUGAACCACACCUUCACAGCUUUAGGAGUCCACUGUCUGGACAUCAGCGCCCGCAACGACAUCAGCAAACUGCAGACCUCCUACAACAUCUUUGUGAGGAGAGAUCCCCCCAUUAACCUGCUCUUCACCCUGACAUGUACUGGGAUCAUCUUGGCAAUACUCGCCUUCAUCACUGUUAUAGCCUGUCGCACUAAGAAUGGACACAACAACAAACCACAGAUGUCUAAGUCCAGUAACGCCACUUACUCCAGUAUGAACAUGGAACUGCAGCCACAGCAGGACCUCCCUGAUAUCAGUAGUGAUCUCUAUGUGUCCAGGCCAAAGAACGACGAGGUCCAACCCCUUCUACAGCACGGGACCAGAUCUGUCGCCAAAUCCUACCGCAACUAGUCUUCAUUUAUACACUUUGAUUUGAGCUUUGUGUUGGACUGAUUCAAGACACAUGUUAAUAGUUUGCUAACAAUCUAUAGUUUGAGAUGAAUAUAUGGCACCAGUAACAUUGAACUAUAAAUUGUCAGUGAUGUAAUACCGAUGUAGAUUACAUUCCCCUGUCUGUGUGGACUUUAUACUUACACUAUUUUGCCUCUGAUGAUCUCAUCCUCAGACCCAGCCAAAAGCCUGACCUCAAAAACUAAAUAUUCAUACAAGGGGUUUUAGAGGAUUGGAUCCUCUAUGAUAAUAGAUGACAGCUGCCAGUAACCCUGUAGGGAAGUGUCCUAAUGUGUAUUAUUACUCAGUGAUUUAUAUAUACGCUAGAUGACUGAUCAGUGGUGCUGUGUUGAAUCCACCAUGCCUCCAUUUUGGCACUCCCCCUCCAUUGUAUAAACAUUUUGGGAAGCUAUAGAAAUGCAUUUAUUCAUGUCUACAUUCAUUUUUGCCACAUUCAUUCUAUUACAGACACCUUAUCGCAUACAUUUAAAUUACAUUUCAUUACUAAUGUUACUAUCCCCACUAAAACAAAAAAAUACUUAAAUACAUGUAAUUUUGUCCCUGAAACAUUGAAUUGAAAUACUGUAGAGUUCCAUUCAUUCCUAUGGAGGACUGCUCCUACUGGGGAGUGCCAAAAUGCAGACCGACGGCUUCAAAGCCUCUCAAUGGCAAAGAGAUAGCAUAAGCAAUCCAGUUUUAUAUAUACAUUGCUGGUAUUACCUAACCAUACUGGCUGUCACCACAGAUGGUCCAUUAUAUUGACCAGAUACUCCAUUGGCCACUCUAAGAAUUAAAAGAAUGUCUUCAAAAAUGUAAGGCAGAUUGGAGAAAAAGAGAUCGGGUAAGACCAUUCUAGCCAAUGAGAGAGCAGAUACACGUGUGAUAACAGGCAGAACCAAUGAGAGAGCAGAUACACGUGUGAUAACAGGCAGAACUCUGAUAUAAGGGGCUUUUUAUGUCACAUCCUACUAAUAUCAGUACAGUCAUAACAACCUAAGCAUUACAAAACCCCUAUUAGAUCAAAUAAGCCACACGUUGAAAAUAAGCCAUUACAUUUUUGGUAAUCACUCUUUGACCUCCAUACAAAAAAACUGGCUUGGUGAGAGGAAAAAAACAACAACAAACCGCUAACAAACAUCUAUAGAACAUUUUAAUUUAAUUUACAAAAUGUUUUUAUGGAAUCCCAAGAAAGUUAAUAAUGAAAGUAAAAAUAAAUCAAGCGUCAUUGUCAGCAAGAAGUCUUGUUAUAUUUACAUUGUUAUACACUGGUUUUUGUCCCCUAAAAUGUAUGUAUUUGUUGGGUAAUCGACAUCUGUCGCCAUUAUUUCAACAUAUUUAUCUUGCUGUUCAUGACUGUAACCUACUUGCUGCUCACGACUGUACCAAAGGUAUUAUGUAUCUGAAUGGUAUCUUACAAUACAAUCUAACUUGA